CUUUCUUUCCUUGCUUUGGGAUCUUGCUGCCGGAGCCGAGAGAGGUUCUGAGAAGACAAGAGCGAGGGACAGGAGCGCAGGCUUCCGCUGCGGCGCGCGAGCAUCCUCGGCGUGCCCCCAUGCUCCGCGUGCCCUCCCGGUCCUCGCCUCCCCGGCCGGAAUGUAAGGAAGGAAAGCCCUAGAGCUUGCCUCCCGCCCUCGGAGGUGUCCCAGAGAGCAUACUGUGACCCGUGGCUGGAGCCCCUUUGCCCGCAGCACCGCGGGACUGGAGCGGCGAGGCGCACCGCGUGCCGGUUCCCGGCUCCCACUCUUCGGAAAGAGCGCGGUGGGAUCACCGCCUUCCCGGCUCUCCGCGCAACUCCUGGGCCAGCAGCGCGCGGCUGGACGAGUCCUGCUUCCCGCCAGCUCACCCGGAGUUGGGGGCAGCCUCUGCCUGUCCGCCCUGUAGCCCUAGCUUCCCCCGAACCUGCGCGGAUCCCCCACGCCCGGGUGGUGAGCCCCGCGGCUCCUGGUCCCCGCAGCACCCCCGGCCCCAUGGACAGCGCACCGGCUGCGGCUUCCUGAGUGCCGGCACCGCUGCCGUCCAGGCUGCGCACUGGGGUCCCCUGGCUCGUCCCCCUCUGGGGUGUCUGAGAGGCCGCGAAGCGCGCACCAUGAAGUCCGUGCUGUUCAGCCGCUUCUUCAUCCUACUGCCCUGGAUCCUAAUCGUCAUCAUCAUGCUCGACGUGGACACGCGCAGGCCCGCGCCCCCGCUCACCCCGCGCCCCUACUUCUCUCCCUAUGCAGUGGGCCGCGGGGGCCCACGACUCCCGCUCCGCAGGGGCGGCCCGGUGCGCGGGGCCGAAAAGGGCAACGAGUCUCGGCCGCAGCCGCAGCCGCAGCCGCAGCUGCCCACCAUCUAUGCCAUCACGCCCACCUACAGCCGGCCGGUGCAGAAAGCUGAGCUGACCCGUCUGGCCAACACGUUCCGCCAGGUGGCGCAGCUGCACUGGAUCCUGGUGGAGGACGCGGCGGCGCGCAGCGAGCUGGUGAGCCGCUUCCUGGCGCGGGCCGGGCUGCCCAGCACGCACCUGCACGUGCCCACGCCGCGGCGCUACAAGCGGCCCGGGCUGCCGCGCGCCACCGAGCAGCGCAACGCCGGCCUCGCCUGGCUGCGCCAGAGGCACCAGCACCAGCGCGCGCAGCCAGGAGUGCUGUUCUUCGCCGACGACGACAACACCUAUAGUCUGGAGCUCUUCCAGGAGAUGCGGACCACACGCAAGGUCUCUGUCUGGCCCGUGGGCCUGGUUGGUGGGCGACGCUAUGAACGUCCGUUGGUGGAAAAUGGCAAAGUGGUUGGUUGGUACACCGGCUGGAGAGCAGACAGGCCUUUUGCCAUCGACAUGGCAGGAUUUGCUGUAAGUCUUCAAGUCAUCCUGUCCAACCCAAAAGCUGUAUUUAAGCGGCGUGGAUCCCAGCCAGGGAUGCAAGAGUCUGACUUUCUAAAACAGAUAACAACAGUGGAAGAAUUGGAACCAAAAGCAAACAACUGCACCAAGGUUCUCGUGUGGCACACUCGGACAGAGAAGGUUAAUCUAGCCAACGAGCCAAAGUACCACCUGGACACAGUGAAAAUUGAGGUAUAAAAUCAAAGCAACUGGUGCAGUUUGCCUGGCCAAAGGAUGUGGAAGAGGAUGUUUGGAGUUUAGACUGCAGAGAUUCAGGUAUUGUUCAUUUUCCUUCAGUACAACAGCCUUUAUUGUCACCUGAUGGACAUGUGUUUAAACAGUGCUUGUCAGUUAACACAAGCUAACUGGACGGUACAAAACGUAUGUUUUGUCUUCAAUUGUUCUGCAUGUUUUCCCUACAACUAAAUUGGAAGAUUUUUGUAUAUACAGUUAUAUGACACUGCAGGAUACCAUUCU